AUGGCAAGCCAAAGCAUGCGUACUCUCUCCUCUCCCACCCCUCUACCUAUCUACAAGGCAGCUAGGCGGGUGGUUCGACGCGACGACGAUGCUUGCCACCAGCUCCAGACGGUUAUGCCAAGCUACUACAGUAGAAAGGGCCCUGCAGCAGCGUGGGUCGCCUUCCAGUACGAGGGAUCCCUUGGACUGCCAGAGGAGGGCCAUAUCUUCGUGGCAGAUUCCCCCGACUGCGCCCUCCAAUGGCUCUGCAAGCAUGUCCCGGAACAGUGCCUUAUUAGCACGAUUCACGCCCUCUGCCACGGCUAUUCUGAUAAGAAGGCCUACACACAAACGCUAUCAAGUACUACGUCCAUACAGGGUCCGAUCUCUCCUGUCUCCCUCGCAGGCCAAUCGGAACGUCUCGACGGGGUGGAAACAGGGGAAAGGGAGGAAACAAUAGGAAGAGAGGAAACGAUAGGUAGAGAGGAAACAAUAGGAAGAGAGGAAACGAUAGGUAGAGAGGAAAUAGAGGGUAGGGGAGAGGAGGGGAUAGUAACCUUACAUAGUGCUUGCCAGAGUGGAGGAGACAAAGCAGAGGAGGAAGCAAUAGGAGAAGCAGAGGAAGAGGGAGUAGAAGAGAGAGUGGAGGAGAGAGUAGAAGGGGGAGUAGAAGGGGGAGUAGGAGAAGCAGAGAAAGAGGCAGAGAAAGAGGCAGAGAAAGAGGCAGAGAAAGAGUCAGAGAAAGAGUCAGAGAAAGAGACAGAGGAAGGGGGAGUAGAAGGGAGAGUAGAAGGGGGAGUAGAAGGGGGAGUAGAAGGGGGAGUAGAAGGGGGAGUAGAAGAGGGAGUAGGAGAAGCAGAGGAAGAGGCAGAGGAAGAGGCAGAGGAAGAGGCAGAGGAAGAGGGAGAGGAAGAGGGAGAAGCAGACGAAGAACCAGCAGAAGCAGACAAAGUACUGGAAGAGGUGGUAGAAUGCGUACAAGCCUCCUCCUCCCUCGCCAGGCGCAAGCGUUCCCCCGUAGUCCAGGUGGCAUCGAAGCGGCGCCGGACGGAGCGUAGCGACGACGCUGCCUACUGCGGCAGGCCGGCCUCGCCAUCACCCAGCGUGGGCUCGCGCUCCGACUCUGAGGAGGGAGAGGAUGGCCUCUUCGAGGCGCGACUCGCCACGCCCGACGCCCUGGAGGCCGUCCUAGGGCUGCAGCAGUACGCGGAGCAAGAUGCGUCUACCUACCAGAGGGACGUGUACAACCCUUCCAUCUCCCAGCCGUUCGCCUCCCAGGCGCUCCCCGUCCGGCGCGGCCGCAACGACAUGCUCAGUGCCCGGUACGCUAAACACAGAACCCGGGCAGCUAAGUGCUAUCCGCCUGCCCUGUGGUGGACCUUUAACCAGCGCUGCGAGCUUGCGUGCAAGCGGCGUGAGUACGAGCUCCUGGUAGACGAGGAGCGCAAGGUCAAGUCUACGGCACAGGGCCAGGGCGACCGGGCGGCCGCCCGCGCCGUCCGCGAGCUCUUCUUCCGCGAUCACCCCCGCUUCCGCGAUGCCUUCCUGACCUGCCCCCGCAGCAGAGAGUAUGAGGAGAGCGAGGAGUGGAAGCUGCUGCGCCGGCAGCUGCGGGAGAGCCGGACGUGGUACAGCGCCUCCGUGGGCUGCACGAACCUGGCCCCGCUCGCCCUCAGCGUUCGGAAGACCUUUAACCAAGUCUACAAGGACCUCGCCCAGAUCCACCCAAGGAAUCCCCUACCUAUCCUUUGCCGCACGCCUCUGCCAGACCUCCUGCACCAGAUCGGCCCGCACGCUGCACGCCAGUUCCGCCCCAGCCCAGAUCUUCCCAGACUGACGGUCCUCCCCGUGGGGGACGCCUCCUGA